UCUGUCUCCUUCGCUCUAGCUCCACCGCUUUGCGCCAGGGGUGAAUAGGCUGCAACUGGGAAGAUAACAGUUUGGGGUUCUAGAACGUGGCUGGCAAGCUCCCCCCCACCCCACAUCCCCAGGCUGUGGUGGUUAAAGGGACCCGAGGAGGAUGCCCUGUCUUCCCCAGAUGUAGUUCUACCAGCAACUCUUCUUGGGGCAGAGGAAAAAAAAUACAAAAACCAAAAACUCCAGGCUUCUUAGAAAGACCAGAAAGGGGAUUUUUUUUCCUCUCAUCCUCCUGCUUCAGGAAAAGAAAAUCUCAUGGCGGGACUCCAGGAUCAAGGCGUCUGACCUGAGUUUCCCACUCUGGCUCCUGUGACCUGCUAGCCCCAUCUGUUAGGCAACUCCCACACGAGUAGGAGGUGAAAAGAAAGGGGGUGGAGAGAGAGAGAGAGACACGCUGGAAGAAGAGUCAGCAGGAUUAAUGUUAAUCCUUCAGCUUUGCUCAGUACCAGCCAGACAAGAGCAGCUAUCGGUCUCACGACAGAGUCCUUGGUCACUGCUUUGCCACCUGCCCAAGGUGAGCAACCAGGAUUCCUAUUAACCUUCACCUCUUCUUUGCAUUCCUGAAGGCUCAGACCUGCACAAAAUCAAUUGUCUUGGUGGCUUCAUGAAAGCUGCAACGGGGCACUACCAAAGGGGACCAGGGAGACGGGUGGAUAUCAGAUACCCACUCCCUGCAGGAAAUCCAGAAGUUCCUUGACAGCUCGGUUUUCAUUCUUUAAGUAGCAGAAGGGAGAAAGAAAACAAAAGUGAUGGGAGAUCCUGGAGUGUGACGAGUCACCGAGACACCUACACAGAUACACUCCUCCGGAGUGGGGUUCCCUGCUUCUGAGGGAGACGUCACAGCAUUUCCAAGACAGGUUUCUACUCAACAGGCUAAGAGAUGAGUCUUGGGAAGCUACCAGUGAUUGGUUGGGUGACCAGCUCCCACAGCAAGCGCCGACUCAAAACAGAACUGACCCCGGACAUGAUCAGCCCUCCGCUGGGUGACUUUCGCCACACUAUGCAUGUGGGGCGUGGUGGUGAUGUCUUUGGGGAUACAUCCUUCCUCAGAAACCAUGGCGGGGAGGAAGCCAAGCCUGAAAAUUUCUUUGCUCGGACGCUGCGGCAUGUGAGAAGGAGCCCACUAAGGAAACGGGGGAGCCGAAACAAGGAAGAGGACUCGCCACUGCCUCCUGCCAUCUCACCCAUCAUCAAGAAUGCUGUGUCUCUACCCCAACUCAGUGAGGCCGGCUACAGAAGCGAUGGGCUGGGUGUCACACUCACCUUCAAGAGCGCCCCCAACAGCUUCUCUGACUAUGGUCUGGAGUCUGGAUUCUGCACCAUCCCCCGUGUUCCUCGCUCUGAGAAGACUCAGGAAAGCUCCCAACUCGCCGAACCAGUCCUGAAGCGCUCGGACUCUUUGUUGUCAUUCCGUCUUGACCUUGGUCCCUCCUUGAUGAGCGAACUCCUCCACGUCAUCAGCUUCUCAGGAGACAGUAGCAACAGCAAGAGAGAAGAGGAGAAACAAGAGGAAAGCAAAACUGCCACCAACAGUGACACACUCUUGCCUCUUCACCCAAAGGACACCUGGGCAGAGGACGCUUUACCUCAAAUAUCAGGAUCUCUUCAGGCCAAAGGGGAAGGAGGCAAAGCCAUAUCAAGCUUUAGGGGUCACUCUGAGGCUAGCUUGCCAUUGGGACACUUGGUAUGUACCAAUGGGGAUUCUCAGUCCAUAGAAUUGUCUCAGGAAGGGUCACCACUUUCUGUGGGAAAGAACUCAAGUGCUGACUUGGGAGCAGUGCCAAGGGAGGCCCAUUCACAAGGGUGGCAGAACGACUGCAAAAUGGAAGCAAGAGAAUUCAACCGGGCAGCCCAAGUUUUGGCUUCCCAUUAUAGCCUGGGAGGUUCAUACCAUGGCCUGCCACACCAGGACAAGUCAAGGAGUCAAGCCUCAUGGGAGAGUCCAGAUGCCAGGACCUGGUGUUUGAAGGGGGGUGUGGAAGAGCAGCAGGAACACAAGGCUCAGUGGCGCCAGAGAGUGGAGGAGGAGGAGGAGGAGGAAGAGGAGGAGGAGGAGGAGGAGGAGGAGGAAGAGCUCUAUAGAAAUGGAACAACCAUUGCUAGUCAGGAGCACAGUGAUUCCUUUGAAUAUGUUGAUGAGGAGGAGGAGGAUGAAGUUAAGGUAUGAAUAGCCAUAGGUGCUCUUUUCGGACACCCCCUCACUUUCCUAUGAGAUGCCAGCAUGUAAGGGAACAAUGCUGCUUGCCCGCUGGCAGUCGGAGGGGUGUGUAAUCUCACAGUGUGAGCCUUCUCUGGAGAUGGUAAGCAGGUGAAGGAGGGAACUCACUUCUCUGCCUUGCUCUCCCCUCAACCUCAAUUUGGGAAAGGGAUGGGAGAAAAGCAGAGCCCUGCCAAGCAGACAUCCAGCGUUUGUUGCUCUGCGUUACAGCCAGCAUUUAAAGGCAUCAGGAAGUUCACUUCUUCCUUCACCUGUAUUGGAUGACUGAUUCUGUCACUGUAGGCUGUGCCAUUACUCCACCUCUGCUUGCUGGGAGAAAGACAUUAUCCUUGAAGAAGCAGCAAGGUCCUCCACAUCUCUGCCUUAUAAAUAUAAAUAUAGGAAGUAAAGUGCUGCACAAACAAGGAGCAAACCUGAAGUCUAGGAAGAAUGGGAAAAACUAACAACAUUAGGUUUGCUUCAGUCCUGAUGUAACCUUAUCCAUCCAGCUAUCAGGAGAUGCUUCUGCCUUCUGCUUGAAUUAAAGGCCACCAGGGCUAUCCGUCCAGUCAGACAUACUGACCCCAAAAGCACCCAAGGUGCUGUCUCACCUCUGCUUACAAGGAGCACCAGACUUGGAUCGGAUCUGAGACCAGCUCUUUGGCAUUUCUUCAUUUACUGAAACUCGGGUUAGACUGGAUCUACUCAUCCUUCAUUUGCAUUCUAGCAAGGAAAUGUAAUCCUGGCUUUCCAGGAUGCAUUACCCUGGAAGCCCAUCUCAAAAAAGCUCACCUAUGAAGUCAUUUUUCAUCCUGUUUUCAGGGGGUUUACAGUAAUUAGGAACUUCACACCUAGUUUGCAAUGGUGCAGGAAAUAGGAAUUCGGCUCAGUGAAGUGGGAGGCAAAGGGAGACUUCUUUCCGCCCUGCUUUUUUUUUAAUUCCUAAUGCAGGUGUAGGUCACAAGGGCCACUAGGUGUGCCUGGGUUUCUCAUUUGAUCCCCAGUGUUUGUAUCCCCCACAGUACCACUUUGAGGGUUCAAUGCACAGGGUACAUGUUCUGGAAGAAAAUGAAUGGAAAAUGAUUCUCAAGGUAAUUUUAGGUAGAGCCCAUCAGCCUACCUGACAUGCUUAUGUGGGUAACCUGAGGCCCUCAAAGGGCUCCUGGGAGGCCACACAGGUGCCCAGACCAGCAGCCAGUGUAAGCCAACCUCUCAGCUGAGUGGCGGGCAGUGUGGAACACAGAGUGGGAAAUAAGGUGCAUGAGAACACCUCCCUCCAAAUGCCCCCUCCCUAUCAUAAUUGCACUCCACUCAGCCAGCCAUGCACCUGAGCGGUGUAUACACAGGAGGACAACGUAUGGAGAAAUCUCCAUGAACCUUCCACCCAAUUGAAAUCACACAGUUCUCCACUGGGGAAAGUUGUUUUCCAUUUCAAAUCAGCUAGGCAGUGAGAAAUCACGAGAUGUCAGCAUACGGGGAGCAGAAGUUUCCACAUCUCCAUCCCUGCAUUCUGAUGGCCAAAACGUGUGUUACGCUGAAUCCAUACGGAGCAGCUGCAUUUUUCAUGUGUUCCUACUACAGAACAGGUACAGCCCUACAACCCCCACACAGGAGUCCCAAUUCAGAAGAGCACCUCCUGUGCCCGCUCUAGCAUUUAAUCCUCACAGGAGACUGCAUGCCCUCAGGUUUCAUUUGGGCAGCUGGGGUGGAGAAAGAAUUUCCCCAUGUGAACUUUUCUGCCACAACCAUUUACCAGCCCAGAUGGAGGAGAUGGGGCCAAGCCUUAUCUUGGGAGGAGGGGAGUGCUAAAUUAUUCUCUUAGCAAGUUGCACAUAGAGACACUUUGAGAGAAACACCUCAUCCAAAGCAUGAGAUGGAGCAGUCUGAAACACCUCAUGGAGAGGCCCCAAAGCAGACAGAACUGUGGAUGAUGGGGCCAUUUUUUUUCUAUCACAGUGGCAGCAUGAGAACUAGGCUCCUAGUCCAGCUUCUGCCACCCCCAGCACACACAGACACAUAUUUUGGGAGAUACUCAUAUACAGCCCUCUUCCAACCUCCACCCACCUGUCUGCAUUUUUCUGUGGUCAGAUCACUUUGCUUUCAAGGAACUCUUUAGAUGGGAAACAAACAGGAUGAGGUAGAUGCCAGACAGCAAAUUCUUAUGUUCAGUGGGCAUACCAGCCAUUGGAAGCAAGUCAUGCUACAGCAUCUAAUAUGGCUGCCAGUUGACAUCAGGGUAUUUCAGACAUUAUGACUGAUAAUUAGAAAUUAUGCCUAGAAGUCCUAUAGGCAUACGCAUUUUGCCCUUCCUCUAUGACCAGGUUACCACAAAAUAGUUCCUCAGGUGUGUUCACUUGGGGAUAUGUAUAGUGUCAUGGACCAAAGCAAACAUCCAUUCAGAAUGGGGUUUCAUAGCCUUUCUCCCCAGUUUUGGGAUGAGGGGGGUAUAGGAUAAGGGAUUAUUCUAAAUCCCAUAAUAUAUACCAGAAGUGGGCAGGCUACAGGCUAAUGGGUUCUAUUCUUUUUUAGUAGAAUGUGGAAGGGUACAAUCUGCUGCAAGUUUAGUCAAAACAAUGUCCUAUGACUUUUUCCCAUGUAAAUGUGCAUAGGAUAUUCCUUAAUUUAUCAACCAGAGUUAGACACAAAAUGGCAGCUCAGGGAGUGGAGUUAAUUGUGGCACCACAUGAAACACACACUGUCUCCCUCCCUAUUUGGGUGUUUAAAAAAGAUUUACCUUCCGCAAACCAGCAAGUUGGGUUCCUUUUGUUAUUAUGAUCACACACAGACCCUGCAGCUUUCACACAUACAGUGUCAACACCUGCAAAAGGGAGACCUACUUAGUUACAGCUGAACAUGAGUAGGUUCCCUUUGGCAAGUGUUAUGCACAUGAAAACUUGGUAGGAGGUGUUAUGCAAGGUGGGCCUUUGUACAAGGUUCUGUUCCUGUGCAGAGGGCAAGUUUUUAAACGUCCAAAUGGGGCCUGAGAGGAAUCCAGAUCUACAUGUGAGUUAGAACUGGGAUUCUACAGGACCAAAGCAACCUGAUCUCAACAGUCCUAUUUUACAGAUGAGGAAUGCUGAGACUGGAAUAAGCAGUUGGCACAAAGCCAGCUUGUUCCCACUGAAAUCAAAAACUGCAGGCAGAAGAUAGACCAGGAUCUACUGGUAGGUCUCUGGGUGACUUGGUGACAGCUCAGAGACCUAAAAACAGAUCCUGAUCUUACCUGCUUGAUCCUGCUAGAGAUCCCUCCAAGAGCUUUUUCCACAUUUCUGUCUAGCAAGAUGCAAUAUGUAGCAAGUGUCUAUCUGUCUACUGCCAGCUGCGUCCAAGGAUACGAAUGCAAAAAGAGCACAAUGUUUUUCUCAAGGCAUAAGAAGGAAGGGGAACCUUGCCUGACCUUCCCUCUCCUUCCUGGUGUCUCUGUGCAGCCCGGAAUACCGGAUCACAGUGUUCAGGCGCCUCCCACUGGCAAUGCAGUAUUUCUGGAAUGAGCCAGUUCUCCCCACAGUUCACACAGAAAGGUUUUUGUGGCAAGGCAGAGAUGGCUAGGAGAUGAGGUCAUGCCGUUGUCCCUCACAGCGCUCCAAUUGUUUGCAGGCUGGCAGGGGUUGGCGGAGCCCCGUUCUGGCAGUGACUACCAAUGAGAGCUACGUGGCAGGACUGGCAAGGGGGAAGCAGGAAGUUGCGGGAGGGAUAUAAUAAACAAGCGAUGUGGGGGGAGGCCUGGCCAACCGCCGUUCCCUGCUCUGUCAGUGAUAACUCACUACAUCCAACUGCCUUGAAAUGACAGAUCAGGGGCGAUCAGCACUCCUUCAGGCUUCAGGACUGGGCAUCUUGAUCGGUGGGGCUCGAUCCUGGGAAGCGUCGGGUUACGAGCCAAACUAGGAGCCUCUGCAUUGAACACACACAUUUUGCAAAAGGAGGGUGCCCAGUGCCUUGUGCUGAGCCAGUCCGUUGCUUCAUGGGGCUACAGUGGCUGCCCAGAGUUUCACCCAGGAGUCCCCACCCCACACCCCAUCCCACAAAGAGAUGCUGGGGACUGGAGCUGGGGCCUUUUGCAUGCAAAGCAGGUGCUCUGCCCCGAGCUAUGGCUCUGGCACCAAUGGGAGCUUUCCUUCCAGGAAAAUAAGGUGGCAGGCGCAUCCUGGGGAGGUCAGUCAGGCCAGCCGCAAAGAAAGAAAAUGUAAAAGUCGUCCUCCCUUCCAGCCAAGAAUCCCACUUUAGAGACCCACAACAGCACACACAUUUGGCUAUCUGCAUUUUAUUAAAUGUCUGUAUUAAAUUUAAUACUAUGUGGUUUGGCCUUGAAGGUGACAGGGAUCAAUAAACCUGAAAAAUGCAGAUAUUCACUGUA